UGCGCGCGGACGGCCGCCGCCACCGCCAUUUUGGAGCCACCAGAGCGCGGCCCGCGGCCCGAGCCGGUCCUCAGGAGCCGGCAGGCCGCGCCGGAUCUGUGGGCGCAGUGUCUGUGGGCGCCUAGCCCGGCCGGGCCCAUGUGCGCGCGGCCUAUCUCAGGCCGCCCGGGCUUCGCCUCCGCCCGGUCCCUGGCCUCCACUCGGGCCUCCGAGGAGCCGCCGCGACGCCCGGCCCGCGGGGCAGGUGAAGAGAUUAUACAUCUACUGAAUGAAAAAUUUUUUCUUAAAGUUGCAUAUACUCCAAGAAAAAAUCCCAAAUGUUUUUAUAUUUUGCCUAAAUAUAAAAUUUAAACAAGGAGUUUGCACAGCAGAUUUUUAUUCAUCUGUUCCUGCCAGCCACCCCCUUUCUCUGGGUCUCCCUCCUGCCGCCCCCGGUGGACUGUGACCAGUAUAGACAUGAUCUUGUUUGUGGAUUGAUUGAUUGUCCAGCUCUGUGGCCGGCACCAUGUUCUGGAAGUUUGACUUGAGCACCACGUCGCACGUUGACAAGCUGCUGGAUAAGGAGGGCGUGACGCUGCGGGAGCUGAUGGAUGGGGAAGACAUCCUGCAGGAGUGCAAGGCCCAGAACCGGAAGCUGCUGGACUUCCUGUGCCGGCGGCAGAGCAUGGAGGAGCUGGUGGGCCUUGUGACCCAGGACCCGGCCCUGGACCUGGAGGAGAGGGCCCGCUUCAAAUACCCGAACACAGCCUGCGAGCUACUUACGUGCGACGUGCCACAAAUCAACGACAGGCUGGGAGGGGAUGAGACUUUGCUGAACGUUCUUUACAACUUCCUGGACCGUGAGCCGCCCCUCAAUCCUCUGCUCGCCAGUUUCUUCAGCAAGACCAUUGGCAAUCUCAUCGCAAGAAAAACUGAACAGGUGAUUGCGUUCCUGAGGAAGAAGGACAAGUUCAUCAGCCUGGUGUUGAAGCACAUUGGAACGUCAGCCCUCAUGGACCUGCUGCUGCGCCUGGUCAGCUGCGUGGAACCUGCUGGACUCCGGGAGGAAGUCCUGCACUGGCUUAAUGAAGAGAAGACCAUCCAGAGACUCGUGGAGCUGAUCCAUCCAAGUCAGGAUGAAGACAGGCAAUCCAAUGCUUCGCAGACGCUCUGUGACAUCAUCCGGCUGGGCAGGGAGCAGGGCGGCCAGCUGCUGGAGGCUCCGCAGCCAGACCCCCUCCUCACGGUGCUGGAGUCGCAGGAGUGCGUGGAGCAGCUGCUGAGGAACAUGUUUGAUGGAGUGCAGACCGAACUCUGCCUCGUCAGCGGGACACAGGUGUUACUUACCUUGCUGGAACCCAGGCGGGCAGGGUCAGAGGGCUUGCUGGACUCCUGCUGUCAGGGACUGGACAGGUCGUGCACCGUCAGCCCCGGCGUCCUGCGCGGCGUUGAGCCACGACUGAAGGACUUCCACCAGCUUCUGCUCAGCCCGCCCAAGAAAGCAGCCAUCCUGACCACCGUCGGCGUGCUGGAGGAGCCCCUGGGCAACGCACGCCUGCACAGCGCCCGCCUCGUGGCCGCCCUGCUGCACACGGGCACUCCCAGCAUCAACCAGGAGCUCUGCCGGCUCAACACGAUGGGGCUGCUGCUGGACCUGUUUUUUAAGUACACCUGGAAUAACUUCCUGCACCUCCAAGUGGAGCUCUGCAUAGCCGCCAUCCUGUCCCACACUGCCCGGGAGGACAGGGCCGCAGCCAGUGGACCUGAGGGUGGGCUGGAGCCUCCACCCUCCAGCGGGGACCCAGCAACCCCCCAGCCUGCCAGCAGCCGCCCCGAGAGCACCAUGGUGGCCCACUUGUUCCAGAAGUGUUGCCUGGUCCAGAGGAUCCUGGAGGCCUGGGAAGCCAACGACCACACUCAGGCAGCGGGUGGCAUGAGGCGCGGGAACAUGGGCCACCUCACCCGGAUCGCCAACGCAGUGGUGCAGAACCUGGAGGGGGGCCCCCUGCAGAGCCAGGUCAGCGAGAUCUUCCAAGGGCUCCCGGGGGACUGCCGUGGGCGCUGGGAGAGCUUCGUGGAGGAGACGCUGUCGGAGGCCAACCGCAGGAACGCGGUGGACCUGGUGAGCACACACCACCUUCACCCCUCGAGUGAGGACGAAGACAUGGAGGGCGUUUUCCCCAACGAGCUGUCCCUGCAGCAGGCGUUCUCUGAGUACCAGGUCCAGCAGAUGACGGCCACCUUCGUGGACCAGUUUGGCUUCAGUGACGAGGAGUUUGCUGAGCAGGAUGACAGUGUCAACGCCCCGUUUGACAGGAUCGCAGAGAUCAGCUUCAGCGUCGACGCCGAUGAUGACAGCCCUGGCACCGCGCUGUUUGAGGCCUGCUGCAGCGACCACAUCCAGCCCUUCGACGAGGACGACGACCUCUGGGAGGACGAGGAGACACACCGUGCGGCCCGCGUGACCAGGGCCAGGUGGGACCCCGGACGCGCCGGCCCCGCCCCGCCCCAGUGCGUGGGGAGGGCUACUGACUCCUCUCCUUCCAGGUUCGGGGGCCCCCACGCCUCAGAGCGCUGCCGGAAGGACGGCCCGGAGCGCCGAGGCCAGGGUGCGGGCGAGGGUGCGGACGCAGCUCCGGCAGGCUCCCCGCAAGCUGCCGGCCGGCAAGAAGGCACCCGCGUCGAGGGCGGCUCAGAAGCAGGUUCCCCGUGGGUCGUGUUUGAUGGGCCAGCGACUCCCAUGGCCACAGGCCCGGCCCCAGCAGUGGCGCUGGACGUGGGUUCCAGUGUGUGGGCAGCCGGCUCCCCCAGCACUUCUGCUCCAGAGGAGAAGGGCUGGGCCAAGUUCACCGACUUCCAGCCUUUCUGUUGCUCUGAGGCGGGGCCAAGGUGCAGCUCCCCAGUGGACACUGGUCAUGGCGACUCCCAGGCUGGCCUGAACCAGGGCCCAGAGAGAGCCCUUGGUGCCUGGAGCGCGUGUGUCCCCAGCAAGGCGCCCCUGGUGGCCGCCAGCAGCCGUGAGGAUGAGCAGGAGGCAGCUGCUGCCUCGGGGGCUGUUGGUGUGGGUCCCAGCCAGGCCUCCCCGCUGUCGGUGUCGGGCCCCAGGACUGACUGUGCCCCCAGCUCACCGCCAGGCCUCGUGCCCCUAGACCCUGCCGAGGCGCCUGCUGCCUCCGCCGUGGCUACCCUACCCGAGGCCACUGUGACGGCCCCCGUAGCACUGGGCGUCAUGGGCCCCGAACCCUGGGCCGUCUCCCCCGUGCUGGCCGUGGCCGCCCCCCCAGGGCCCAUGGUGGCCGUCACCACCGCAGCCCCUGCCAGCCCAGCCGUUUCCAUGGCGGCUGCCCUGGGGACAGUGACGAGACACAGGCUGACAGGCCGUCGCCCUCAGGAGCCACCCUCAAUGGCCCCAUGUGACGCUGCUGCUGCGCAGUCUUGGCGCCCAACCCAGAAAACUACCUGGUGACACAGUUUGUCUUUUUUAAUUUAAUUUAAUUUAAUUUUAAAAUAAAUGCUGCAUUGGUAAAGCUGGCAGUUGGAACCAGCCGGACAGCCCCGCCUGCAUUUCUCCUGCCUGACCCCGACCGAGCGGGCCACGGGGGUCCAGCCCCGCACACAGCAAUAAGGCCUCAGCCGUGGCUCUGCCUGUGAGGAGCCCAGGGCCACAGCCCCAGAGGCCUGAGGGCCGGGCCGGACUCCUUGCCUGUUUUUUACCAGUUUUUUUUUUUUAACAGAUGCAGGAAGAGCCAUGUGUUUGCACUUUUUAUCUGGCGCAGGAGAGGGUUUCCGAGGCUCUGGGGUCAGAUGUGGGUCUGGAGUGGGGCUGACCAGAUGGGGUCCUAGCUGCCCAGAGGUCCUGGGAGCGGGCCGUGCCAGGCUGCAAACGACUGCCUUAAAAAACAAGCCCCCUGCGGCCUGGCAGGGUGUCCUGGGCCUCCCACAGUGCACCAGGGGUGCCAGGCAGGCGCUGGCCGUGGGCGGGGUGCAGAGGGCCCAGCAGUGCUGGGGGCGCCGAGCUGUCCGGGGGGCCUGCGGGGUCAGCUCACGUGAUGUUCUGAUGGCACUCAGACCCUCGACUCCAAUAAAGGUGGUUAUUCUCACCUACA